AUGGCCGAUGAUCCUGACGUUUCUCAGUGGCAGUUUAGUACAACGUGGCUAUAUUUCCCGUGUACAGAAGAGUACCGGAACCGAGCCGAACAGUUUCAGAGAGCUAUUGAGAAUAUAGAUAGCUUGACCUACGCGAUCUACCACUACAAUCCAGCCAUUCCUCCUACUAUGCGGGGUAUUCUGCUUGCGGUCUAUCACCCACUGGAUUAUGGUACAGCUUCUAUCCUGGCCAUUGCACGCGGCGACUUGGUCAGCUAUCGAAAUGCCGCUGCUGGACAACCCGGGGGGAUGGGACCCAGCCAGUCGACCAUAUAUCUCUCGCUUAAUGAAGAUGAUGAUAUGGAUACUAGCGAAGACGCAAUGAUGAGCACGGAUAUUCAGUGA